AAUAAAGUUUUGUAUCAAACAUUGUUGAUAAGCUGAUGGGAUUGGAUGUAAUAAUUUCCUUGAGGCAUUUUUAAGUUAAAUUUCGGUUACAGUGUUUCAAAUUUCCUUCUAAAUAAAAAUACAAGAAGUGAAAAGUUAUGAGUGUUGUUAUAAUAUUGUUGGCUUUAGCUGCCAUCUUAGUGUUGAAAUGUUGGCAAAGUUUAUGGGAUUUUCUACGCAAAGUUAAAUUAUCAAGAACACUUAAAGGACCUAGUCCUAGGGAGCUGAUUAAACAGAUACGAAAAGGAGAAAUUUUAAACUGGCUUCGAGUGCUUCGCCAAAGGUAUGGCCCGAUAUUCUGCAUUUGGUUUGGGACAGAUCUUUCAGUUUUUUUAACCGAUCCCGAAGAUGUUAAGAUUGUUCUAGGAGGCAGUCGAAGCAUUUUUACAUCGAAAAACUAUAACAUUUUGGAACCAUGGCUAGGAAAAGGACUUCUUACCAGUAGCGGAGAAUUAUGGCAUAGUAGGAGGAAAAUGUUAACACCAGCUUUUCAUUUUAAGAUGUUGGCUGAAUUUAAACAACCUAUGGAAGACAACUGCAAUAUACUUAUUGAAAAACUCAAAGAAAAGGCUAACGGUGAAGCUUUUGAUAUAUAUCCUUACAUAACACUUCUUGCCCUGGACAUAAUCUGUGAAACUGCAAUGGGUAUUAAGAAAAAUGCUCAGCUGCAGAGUACAUCAGAAUAUGUGACUGCUGUCCAAAACAUGUGCCGGAUAUCUCAUAGACAGUCAUUUUCACCAUGGAAAAGGAUUGCAUUCCUCUAUAGAUUCACGGAAGAUUUCAAAGAACGAAAUCAUGCCUUGGAUAUUCUGCAUGGAGAAACAAACAGAGUCAUUGCAAUGCGGAGAUCGUCGCUUAAAACUUCCAACAUCCAGACCUUGGCUGAUGCAGCAAACACUAUCGAUGAAAGCGGUGUAAAAAAAAGAUUGGCUUUUCUGGAUAUUCUUCUAUUGGCUCAAGCGGAAGGAGCUGAUUUGACAGAUGUCGAUAUACGCGAAGAAGUUGAUACAUUUAUGUUUGAGGGUCAUGACACCACAAGUUCAGCAUUAGCCUUUGCCAUAUACUUACUAUCUCAAAAUAAGGCUGCUCAACAAAAGGCCUUUGAAGAAGCUGUAGCUUUGGAAGGAAAAGAAAAAGAUACCAUGAAAUAUCUUGAAGCUGUUAUCAAAGAAACUCUUCGGUUAUAUCCUUCAGUGCCAUUUUACAAACGAAUUAUGAUAGAAGAUGUUGCCAUUCGUGAUCUCCAUGUGCCAAGAGGGACUUCAAUAAAUCUUUUAGCUUACGUAGUGCACAGAGAGGAGAAAUAUUUCCCUGAACCGGACCGAUUUCAACCUGAGCGAUUUUUAGUUGAUGAAAAUAAGUUGCACCCUUACGCUUUCAUUGCUUUCAGUGCAGGACCAAGAAAUUGUAUAGGACAAAAGUUUGCCAUGUUGGAGUUAAAGUGCACCUUAUCGAAUAUAUUAAGAGCCUAUGAAUUAUUGCCUGUUGAAGGCUUUGUUCCAUUGCCAUUGGCUGAGUUGGUCAUCAAGAGUGGGAAUGGAAUUCAAGUUAGACUAAGAAAACGCUGAAUGAAACUCAAUUUUUUUAUUGAAUUUAGUUUAUUUAGUUAUUAUUUAUUAAAAUUUGAAUUAUGAGCAAUUUAUGAAGUUUAAGUUAAUCACAAAAUGUUUUGAGUAAUAAUUUUGAGCAUUUAUU